AUGGUUUUGUUCCAUCCACGUUUACAGGUUGUUGAUAGCAGCGGCGGACAUACAGUUCGAGAAUGUGAGCCAAGUUCAUUAACUGGCAAUCGUUUCGUUGUUUCUACUGCUCCGUGCGCACCAGCAACACCAUCUCCACAGUCUUUCGCGCAGGCAACCGUUUCUGCAGUGCAGCCAUCACAAACGCAGAAAACUGAUGCAAUGAAAAAGCUUGUUGUUGAACAACAGGCACAUGAUACCACCGUCCCUCAUCCUAAAGCAGCUUUUCGAACCACAACAGUUUUGUCACGGACGAGCUCAUCAAGCAACACGACUGCAAAGGAACCGGAAACAGUAAAUAAUGGAUGUACUUCAGUUCCAUCCACUCAUGUUGCUAUGUCUUUUCCGGUACAGCAGGCGAAACGCUUAGAAAGUGAAUUGACAAGCGGCAGUGAAAACCCUGUUGAUGUAAAUAUGGAGCAGUGUUCUACAGCUGCAGCGGGUGCUGAAAUAAAGCGGGUGUCAACUGCUGCGCAACAUACGGAAGAAAACAAGUCAACGGUUUACAACUUCCUGACACUGGUAAGUUCGGAAGUGCCAAGUUCACACGGCCUGCCGGUGUGCGGUCUGACGCUGCUGUUAAAAUUACGCCAGUACUACAAAGGAACCCUUUGGUACUAG